AUGACGAGGGUCACGAAGUCUGGUAAUACAAGGCCAGAAAAUCUUGGCAGUAGCGCAGACGCUGCUCUGCAUCUCCUGGCUCGAGUUUCUGGACCAUUGUGUAGUGAAACGGAUGAAGAGAAUUGUCCAGCAGGAUGCGAUUCGCCGUUGACUUCAGGCAGCCGGUCUCGCUUUGAAUCAUCCGACAGCUCGUCAUCGGGUUUUCCUCCACGUAUGCCAAGACUUGCUCUUCGUCGUCAAGACGACGUUGACGUCUCCCUCCGUGAUCUGGCAUCACCUGGCCCUCCCGCAUGCGAGCAUCCACAUCCUGGAACACUUGUGGAUACGGAUGUGGCGGAUGGGGAAAUGAUGGAUUCGAUAUAUGCUAUUGUAAUUUUCGAUGAGGUGAAUAAAAAAGGUAAAAAGUUGAUGGAUAUUGUUCCAAUGUCCUGGGUUACUGAGGAAAAAGACGGUGAAUUUAUUUGCAGAUAUUUUCCUGACGAUUCCUUCGAGAAAAGAGAAUAUUUUCUGAAGAAUUUGACACCAGCCCACAAAAAUUGGCCUGAGUACCCAGUUGAACUGCUCUCCACUGCAGACUCUUUGGAGAAAGCAAAGAGACGUUUGCAUAAGGCAAAAACCACAGUAGACGUCGAUACCACAGAUGCUGAAUGCAGUGCUCAGAAUAAAAAGAAAACAUCGACAAAAUCUGGUCUUCCAGCCAAUAAGCAGUUGAAGCAGAUUGCAUCAAUGAGGAAAUUCGCUUCGGCAAGAACCUCUCCUGUGCAUGAAAUCAGUGACAGUGACGAUGAUGAUUCUGAGAGUGCCAAGUCGUAAAAGAAAACAGGCGGUUUCAAAACGGAUGUACCCAAAGUUUUGACGGAUUCGGACGAUUCAAGCGACGAUGGAAUAAACAAUAUCCAAGAUGGUCUCAAGAAGAAUUCAUUGGCAGCAAAGGCUGCAAGGAAUGUGGAAAAUUCAAGUGAUGACGAGGAGGUCCUGCAGAAUAGUCGAGGUCAAGCUGAUAAUUUGCCUGAAGGAAGAAAAAAUAAUUCAUCGCAGUUUAAAAAUUUGACAAAACCUGUUGUCCAGAAACAUUUGUCAAUGUCUGUCGUUCAGGAUGAGCGUUCUCGUGAUUUUCUGCAACAAAUACGAGAAAUUAUUCACGCAGAAGUGGAGAGUGCUAAAUUGAGUAUACUUCAUGAUCUAGCAGCAAAAGUAGGUCAGAUGCAGAAUACAAUUCUUCAGCCUAACAUUCCAACUACUCCACAUGGAUCGCCUAAUGAACUGAUCAAAAAAUUGGAUACGAAAUUUCCUAUCCAAUCUCUCAAUGAUUUUUUAGAUUUUGAUAAAAAACUUGAAGAUGAAAGCCAAGCAGAUGCCCUGCGUUCUCUUUAUCGAGUGCUACUGUUCAGAAUCGAUAAGCCUUCAAGUUGUGUGAAAACAUUAAUGGGCCAUACUCUGUCGAAAGAGGUAUCACUGCAAUACUCUGGUUCAGGUAGAGAUGUAAAUGGCAAACACAAGUUAAGUUGGAAAGAAACAAAAACUAGUCAAAUGAUGAAACAAGCCAUAAUCACUCAAUUUAAUGAUCAAACGGAAAAGGAUAUUCAGAAGCUUACGGCUACCUGGCUAUCAGGGGCAGGAGACAGAGACGGCGGUCGUCGUGAACGAGAUGAAAAACGAAAAGUUCAAAACGAAACAGAAAACUAAAGACAAAUAUUUUUUCAUUAAUCGUUGUGUUAUCUAUUUCAAAUAUUUAAUAUUUUAUAAGGUGAACUGUCGAGAUAAAGGAUGUUUAAGGCUACUAAUAUUCAAUAGUUCUUUGAGAUAAAAACUUGGAUAAAAGUUGGACAAAAAAGUUGUGUGGAAAAUAUAUUCAAUUUAUCAAUA